CCUCGUUUAUGUUAGCAUAGUCGACUGACUCAUUUGCGAACAAGGAUGUUGAUUUCUUUCUGCCGCAGGACACCGCCAAGGUAAAAUGCGGAGAGCUUCGCCGAACUUCGCUCUUGAUUCGAAUAUCAAUGGUCAGGUACACCAACAUACAUCCCAACUAUCAGAAACGUCAUGUCAGGCCCACAAUCGAGUAGUGAGCUGCCGGCACCGAAAAAGGACGCUGAUACGGGAUUUCAAGCUGGAGAUGACACGUUUACACAUUGGCGCAACAUCUUCAACAUCCUCACAGGGAAGAUGACGGCUGAGGGAAGAGAGAAAUUUCGCGUAGCACGAGAUCUGCGAAACGAAACGGAAGACUGCAAGCGCUGUGAUGACCAAAGAGACUAUCUCUUGCAGUACAGCCCAGUUAUCCGGUAUAUGAGUGACAGCAUCCGGCAGUUGGGCGGUGAUUUGUCAAGCCAUAAUAUUUAUUGUCGUCGAUGUACGAACCGGAAAGCAGGGGGCUUUGAUCCUGAAUAUGGUAUUUUGCUUUGCGCAAAUGAAAUGAAAGACCAAGGGCAUCUGGAGGAUACAUUGGCCCACGAGAUGGUCCAUGCCUAUGAUCAUUUAAGAUUCAAGGUUAAUUGGACUGACAACCUGAGGCAUGCGGCUUGUUCAGAGCCUUUGAUGUCCCAGAAAACACUAACUAAUGUUGAACAGAUUCGAGCCAGCUCAUUGAGCGGAGAAUGUCGAUGGGCCCGAGAGUUCUUCCGACGUGGCCAGUGGAAACUUACACAACAACACCAAGAGUGUGUUCGGCGAAGGGCUAUUUUAUCAGUACAGGCACGACCAGGAUGUCAAGAUAAAGCCCACGCUGAGAAAGUAGUUAAUGAGGUUUGGGACAGUUGCUUUAGAGACACGCGGCCGUUCGACGAAAUCUAUCGAUAA